AUGUUAUUGACAGCAACUGAUACUGUUAAAUUUGUUGUUAGAAUCGACAAAUUCCUACAAAACUCAUUUAUGUUUACAGAUGAAGAAGGAAAACGUAAAAACCUUAGUGAGAUAGAAUAUGCAUUGCUUAUGACUGGACCAAUCAUGAAUGAUAUAUUUAAUAAUUUAUUAGAUAUUCUGGAGCUUCGCUGGGGGGAAAUAUUAUCCAAUGGUACUGCAGAGCAGUGA